AACACACCCGUUCUCAAACGACUCUGAGAAUGCGGCAAAAAUACUGCACGAGCUUGCAAACGCGACAAUGCAGAUUUCUACGACUCUGAAUGCGCACGUUACGCUGCCGAUGACAAACCCGAAGCUGUUCUCACUGUUCAAGCAGCAGACGAACAUAGCGCAAACCGUGCAUAAUGUCAAGUCUUUUUCGGUUAUGAAUUAUGGCUGCUGAUAGUAAAGAUUAGUAGGUAGAACAAACAAUUCGGAAAUCCACAGAUAUACUGCGGAAGCGACUUGGUAUACUCUAUGGCGAAGAUAUCCCUCUGGAUAGGACCGCUCUCGUCGACUGGUGUAUCUCUCGCUUUGAAACAUGGGGCACCUCGGCUGGGAUGGAGGCUUUCCGAGAAAAGGAGGAAAAGGAUGGUCACAUCACUCUGAUCCUCGGAGGCAAAGUGAUCGUUAUUGACAUGAAUCUUGCCAUCGACCGCUCGAGCACUCUAAAUCCAAGGAUCGGCGUCACCGGAGUAAAGACUUCGUAUGCUGUUCCGAACGGGACCGCCGGUUCUACAACUGCUGGUUCGACAUCACUGGACGGGUUCCUAACCGGCACUCUAGGCGAGUUCCUCGCUGAGGUGCAGAAGGAAGACGAGCUUCAGGAUCCGGAAGAGGCGCAUCGGACGGGCUCUCGCAUCGUGAGCAGCUUCAAGUACUUGAUGAUGCUCGAUAAACUGGCGGAGGACGAAGGUGACGCGGGUCUUCGCUGGUUCAAUAACGUCGACGCGCUGGCGUCGGAUGUUGAACGAUUCGCCUCCGAGGAAGCGAUUGCUAUAACCAAAGAGCUGACCUCUGGGCCGUGUCCUCUGGACAUUUUCCUUACACGUGCGCAUGGGCUCCCACUCCCCUACCUUUCUGUCCCGUCACUAUCGUUCCUCAUUCAUGUAUCACCACGAGCGUACCUCACUAUGCUACGCUCAUCGACUACGGCUUCAACUGUCCCAGACGGCUCCUCCUUACCGAAGUUGGACAUUCCUGUCUCCCUGAUUCGCUCAUAUGCCGGACGGCACCCACGUCCUCAGGGGGUAACUACGGUUAAUCUUGUACUCACGUCUUCUGGCGACACAGCUCUCACAGGGGAGGAGAGUCCUGUAGGUAUUGAGGCUCUCGCAAUACGCCCAACGUUCCUAUUGGUACCCUCUGGGGACCAGAAGGACGUGUACUUCCCGACAGUCACUGGCCAGAAUAAGGGUACCUACAGCCAUGUGCUGGACUUCACUGAUGGCGGCAAGUAUCCCGGAGUGGUGAUGAGCCAGUCACGAAUGAAGGAGAUCGAGAUGGUUCUGAAUCCUUUCGGAGGCAUCGCCCCUGAGAAUCACGUGUCGAUUAUGGGAAGUGCCGCUGCACCUAGCUGGGUCGGCAUGCUUCUCAGCCCGAGCAGCCAUUUGUCCCCUGAAUAUUACACUGCCGUUUAUACUUCUCCUACCUCGGCACACCCACCAUUGCAGCUGCGCCUCGAGGUCCCAGAAGAACCAGGGUUCCGGCUGGAGAAGAUAUACGUGCACCAUAUAAAGACCGUUUGGGGUGUCCUCGAGAUUGUGAAAGAACAGUGCUGGCUUAAUGAGACUCUCCUAGGAUGCCAGUGGGUGCCGGAGGGCAUCAGUACAGAGCCUAUCGCCCCUAGCGAGACUGGGAAGGAAGAAGCAACAGAGGACGAGCUACAAGCCGUUCUUGGAGGGACCAUCACGCCGAGCAGGAUGCCAGUCAACGUUUACAUCCACAAUGGAGUGCCCGUGCUCAUGCAGGAUCUAUUUGAUCCCACGGAGAUUGCUGUCAUGUCUGUGCCACAGCGAGUAACAAAAAUUGAUAUGACGUCUCCUGAGCGUCCGCCAAUCUCCGGGCUGGUGGGCGUUACCGUGGCGUACGACAAUACUCGUCCGCGGGGCGUUGCCGUCACGAUCAACGGCGCUAUGGGUGCAGACCUUAAACUUGAUGCACUCGAGGAGGUCUGCAGGAGAGGAGGUAUGCUGGGGUUGCCUGGCAGAGUAUGGGCAAAAUCUCAUGGACUCCCUUGAACGUGUCACUGCGGACUGUGCGUUGUGGUCACCGGUAUGCACAUGUCACCCCGCUCCUUUACAUACACAUGUCUCCCGUACAGUAAUUAAUACUAGCGGAGGUAGUCUAUACCUCCUAAAUGAUAUAGCUUGCUAUCACUCG